AUGGUGACUCCGUGGCGCAGUCGUCAAGACAGAGUCCGCGACCGUCAGGACAAGAUCAGCCACCGCCGCCAACUUAACCACCGCCACCGAGAUGCAGUCAGCACAGGGUCGUCUGCAACAUCUGAUGCACAAACGGCCUGUACAGGGGCGAAUGGUUCAGCAACGCACGUCACCGCUACCGCAACCACUACCGCCUCAGGCACCGCAAUCGCACCAUCAUCAGCACAGGCACGA